UUGGAAAAAUUAAAAAUUAGAUCACCAGUCUUUGGUUGAGUAGCUUUUGUUGUCAUUUUUAGCUUUGGUAGAAAUAACUACAAGUGUAAGUAGUAAUGUUGAUUCAGUCAGGUGUUCCAAGCACAAGCAAGCACGCCUGCAUGUAUUUGACUAUUGUAAGCAAAUGUAAUUUAAUUUUGUGGUCAUCAAUGAAUUUGGCAUUGAAUCGAAAGCUGCGCGAUGUAAGGCAGUGGCAACGGACAUGGAAUGGGUCCUGCUUCUCCACGCUUCCACGAUCACAACAUGCAGAGCAGCUGCUUUGUCAUUGCACCAAUCUGAGCCAUCUUCAGCAGACACAAGGUUUCAUGCUUACCAGAGGUCUCGACCAAGAUGACAUCCUACUCGCCCGAUUUAUAUACACCUCCGCUUCUCUGGGCUUAUCCUCCUAUGCCUAUUCUGUUUUCAUCAGUAACCACCGACCCAGCAUCUUUUUCUACAACAACGUCAUUUGGGCUCUAUCUUCAUCCAAUCCCACGCGUGCCAUUUCUCUGUUCAACGCCAUUCGCCUGCUUGGGAUGCCACCCGACUCUUACUCUUUCCCCUUUGUUCUGAAGGCCGUUGUUUGUUUAUCCGCCGUCCAUGUUGGCAAGCAGAUUCAUUGCCAAGCUAUUGUUUCUGGGUUGGACUCCCAUCCCAGUGUGGUCACAUCCCUCGUUCAGAUGUAUUCUUCUUGCGCUCACCUUUCUUCUGCCCGGAAGCUAUUUGAUGGAGCCACUUUCAAACACGCUCCCCUCUGGAAUGCUAUGCUCGCAGGUUAUGCUAAGGUGGGUAAUAUGUCUAAUGCCCGCAACUUGUUUGAAUGUAUGCCUGAAAAGGAUAGGGAUGUUGUUUCUUGGACUACACUUAUUUCAGGAUACACGCAGACUCAUAGUCCCAAUGAGGCUAUCACGCUCUUCCGCAUUAUGCUGCUCCAGAAUGUGCAGCCAGAUGAGAUUGCAAUUUUGGCUGUGCUGUCUGCCUGUGCUGAUUUGGGUGCUCUUCAGUUGGGGGAGUGGAUUCACAACUACAUUGAAAAGCAUAAUAAUAAAUUGCGUAAGACUGUCCCUCUUUGCAACUCUCUCAUAGAUAUGUAUGCCAAAUCAGGCGACAUAAGUAAGGCACGCCAACUGUUUCAGAAUAUGAAGCAUAAAACGAUUAUAACCUGGACAACCGUGAUUUCCGGACUUGCUUUACAUGGUUUUGGAAAGGAGGCCCUUGAUGUAUUUUCUUGCAUGGAGAAGGCUCGAGUCAAGCCAAAUGAAGUGACCUUAAUCGCCGUCCUUUCCGCAUGUAGCCAUGUUGGAUUGGUUGAACUGGGCCGCAAUAUUUUCACGUCUAUGAGAUCCAAAUAUGGAAUUGAACCCAAGAUUGAGCAUUACGGCUGCAUGAUUGAUUUGCUUGGACGUGCUGGAUAUCUUCAAGAAGCAAUGGAACUAGUUAGGGUGAUGCCAUCCGAAGCAAAUGCAGCUGUAUGGGGAUCGCUUCUUUCUGCUUCAAAUAGAUAUGGUGAUGCUGCGCUAGCAGCGGAAGCUUUGCGUCAUCUAAGUGUGUUGGAGCCCCACAAUUGUGGGAAUUAUUCGCUCUUAUCCAAUACGUAUGCUGCGCUUGGUUGGUGGAAGGAAGCUGCUAUGGUAAGGAAGGUUAUGCGGGAUACGUGUGCGGAAAAGGUUCCAGGUGUCAGUUGUGUUGAGCUGAACAAUAGAGUAUAUGAAUUCAUUGCCGGAGACAAAUUAAACAUCUGCUUUCUGGACGUCCUACAAAGCAUAAAUGGGCAACUGAUCGAAGAUGCUUUAUCUGAAAAGUGGACCAAUGACGACUGACUUGUAUAUUUUUAAUUAUAUAUUUUAAAAUGUUAAUAUCUUUAUUUGAUCAAUGUAAAACAUAUUAUAUUUUUUAUUGAACUUGAUCUUUUGACUUUUAUAAUUUUAAAUUA